AGUCGAAUGCGCAUUAGGCUGAAAUAAAUCAACGUUUUUCUUAUAAAAUUAAACAGCAGCCAAAGCCAAAGAUAUCAAAAUAAAAUAUAUAUAUAUAUAUUAUCGGGAUUAAAGCGAAGCAUAUAAAAGUGCAUUUAGAGCAAGAGCAUUAAUCGCUAGUCACCUGCGUGCUGUGGGUGUGUGCGCGUGUGUGUGCGUGUUUGUGUGGGUGCGUGCCUUGUGAGCUGCGCGUGUGUUUGUGUGUGCUUUGUUCUAAAAGAGCCGCUGGUGUGUGGAAAUGGCGAAGAAAACCUACGAUUUGCUCUUUAAACUGUUGCUAAUUGGCGAUUCAGGUGUUGGCAAGACCUGCAUAUUAUUUCGCUUCUCCGAUGAUGCCUUCACCUCGACCUUUAUAUCCACCAUAGGAAUUGAUUUCAAAAUCAAAACCGUGGAACUGCGGGGCAAAAAGAUCAAACUGCAAAUAUGGGACACGGCCGGUCAGGAGAGAUUCCACACAAUAACCACCUCCUACUAUCGUGGGGCGAUGGGCAUCAUGCUCGUCUAUGACAUAACGAACGAAAAGAGUUUCGAGAAUAUCGUCAAAUGGCUACGCAACAUUGACGAGCAUGCCAAUGAGGAUGUGGAAAAGAUGAUACUGGGCAACAAAUGCGACAUGACGGACAAGCGUGUGGUGAACAAGGAGCGCGGCGAGGCGAUUGCUCGAGAGCAUGGCAUUCGGUUCAUGGAAACAUCCGCCAAGUCGAACAUCAACAUUGAGCGUGCUUUUUGCGAGCUCGCUGAGGCCAUACUGGAUAAGACAUCUGGGAAGGAGGCGGCCGAGAAUCCAGAGCGUGUUGUCAUCGAUCGUCGGAAUAAUGACAAGGCGCCGGGCUACAGCAAAUGCUGUGCGUAAAACGGGGACGAGUGGCGUGGAGUGGUCAAGGCUCUCUCCGCCGUGGGGCCGUGGUCGUGGCGUGUGUUUAGCUGUGCGAUGAAGACGAGACGAGAUUUGGAUCAGUUUGCGGAUCAGUUUUAGAAACAAAUGAAGCAAUAAACGUAGACAACAAACACACACGCACACACACAGAGCGGGGUAGAAUGAGAGGAGAGAAAUUACUUACUACAACAAAAAUAUGCAGAAGGAACAACAACAGAGCAAGCACAAGAAACAGCAACAGAAACAACCUACCUAAAAGUUGAAACAAUUUGCAACAACGAACAUUUGGACGAAACUUUACACUGAUGUUGGUUAUAAUGGAAGAUACAGACUCAGAGGCAGCUACAGAUGCAAAUGGAUAUGCAGAUACGGAUACGGAUACGGAUACGAAUACGAGUACGUUAGUUAACGCACAACACAAGAACCAAGAACAAGGAAAAGUGAAGGAGCAGCAGCAAAGAAUGUGAGAAACAGAACUGCAUUUCAUGUCUGUCUCAGGGGCCACUCCAGGCGUCUGGCAUUUUGUUUGCCCCCCGCAUGAGGCGAUCUCUAGUUAGCUAACGUGGUACAGAUUUUUUACAAUACGUGUAAUAGGGUUUAAUCUCCACUAGAAGAACGUAACCAAACACACACGAACACACACACACACAACCUUUUUCCAUAGAAUGUCUCUAUAGAGUCUAGAAGCAAACAUAAAACAAACAAAAACAAAAACAAAAACCAAAACCAAAAAACAAGAAGCAAUUUUUUGUAUAAUGGAACAUUUUUUGAUAUGCUAUAUACGAUGAUUCCUAGUAACUAACUAACUAUUACCACUACAUCAGCGCACCUUUUACUGCUCCGCCAUCAAGUAUCCAUCUUUGCCGAUUUGCCACAAGCACACACACCUCUGGCAAACGUUUUCCCACGUACUCUUUUGUGUUUGGUUUUUUAUAGAUUAUAGAAACUACUACGCAGUCAUUAGACAUACAAUAUGCAGCCAGCAACAGCAGACAUGCAUCACCCUCCGUAAUAUCUUGGAAUGCUAAAUAUUUCUUUAACAGUAGCACAAAUUGUAGUCAGUGGACUGUGCAGCAUUUCGAUAAGAACAUCUGAGCAUUUGAUCAAGGAAAUCUGACUUGGAAAUGUAAUAAUUGUUUACUAUAUACAUAUAAUAUGCUUUAGUACUUACCUGGCUUGAUCUUGCUUACGUUUCGUUUCGUUUCGUUUCGUUUUUUGUGUAAGUUGUCGCAGAGUUGGGGGUUUCGGGUUCGGGUUUGGGUUCGGUUACUCAUGCCAGAGGUUGGUUUCGCUGUGCCACUGUUUCCACGUUUUGUUUACUGAUCAUUACAUAUAUAUAUACAUACAUAUAUAUAGAGAGUACAUAAAUAGCUGUAGCAUAGGCAUAAAAACAAAAUCCAGCCUAAAUAUGCUAAAUGUACUUUUUCCUUCUUGUAAUUUUAUUGUAAACCAUUUCAUUUUUUUUUUUUUGUGUCUAAUACUUAUUAUUUGUAAUUGUAUAUGGAUUUAGUGUAGUUGUCCACACCAAAUGAUUUACCGAUUAAAAAACAAAAAAUAUAUAAUGAACAAUCCAAA